GGGGCCGGGGCUUCCUCGCCGGGCUCUCCCCGGGCCGGGGGUGGGGACGACGGCGGGCCCGGGGCGCGGGCGAGGGGCGUUGCAGGGUGGGCCGUGUCAGGCCGCGGCGAGACCGGGGUCGGCGGUGGGCGCCGCGGCGGCCUGACAGGAGUCCAUGCGGGGGCGAGGGUGUCCCCACGCGGCGCCCGCCGAAGGUCCGAUCCUCCCCGCCCAGUCGAGGGCUCCGGGGCGCGGCGUGGGCAAGGGUGUGUUCGGCCUCGCCUUCCCCGCCUCCUCCGCCGGCCUGGGCCGACUCGCACCUCCCGCGGGCCCCGUCUCCUUGCCGCCACUCUCGGCGGCCGCCGACCUCCCCCGCCGGGUUUGUCCACGCGGGCCGCGCCGCUCUGCAGCUCACGAGCCCCGGACGUGGCGUUCCCCGGCCCGUAGGCCGCGUCCGGCCCCGAGCACAAAAGGCAGCAGCCCGCAGCCCCGCUGGCCUCUUGGACCGUCUGCGACGUCCUUGUCGAUUGCCACAAUGGCAACUGCACCAUACAACUACUCUUACAUCUUUAAAUAUAUUAUUAUUGGGGACAUGGGAGUAGGAAAAUCUUGCUUGCUUCAUCAAUUUACAGAAAAAAAGUUUAUGGCUGACUGUCCUCAUACAAUUGGUGUUGAAUUUGGUACAAGAAUAAUUGAAGUUAGUGGCCAAAAAAUCAAACUGCAGAUUUGGGAUACAGCAGGACAGGAGAGGUUUAGGGCUGUCACACGAAGCUACUACAGAGGAGCUGCGGGAGCACUUAUGGUGUAUGAUAUCACUAGAAGAAGUACAUAUAAUCACUUAAGCAGCUGGUUGACAGAUGCAAGGAAUCUCACCAAUCCAAAUACUGUAAUAAUUCUCAUAGGAAAUAAAGCAGAUUUGGAGGCACAGAGAGAUGUUACAUAUGAAGAAGCCAAACAGUUUGCUGAAGAAAAUGGCUUAUUGUUCCUUGAAGCAAGUGCAAAAACGGGAGAGAACGUAGAAGAUGCUUUCCUUGAGGCUGCCAAGAAAAUCUAUCAGAACAUUCAGGAUGGAAGCUUGGAUCUGAAUGCUGCCGAGUCUGGUGUACAACACAAACCUUCAGCCCCACAGGGAGGCCGGCUAACCAGUGAACCCCAACCCCAGAGAGAAGGCUGUGGCUGCUAGUGACCUCUUUGCCGUGGCUCAUUUGACCUUUCACCUCUGUCUGUUGGAAGCAGUACUUUUUACUUGCUGCCUCAUUGUCUUCUGUACAUCUUACUGGGUUUAAUUAAAAAGAAAAAACAACUCUGUUGUAAAAACAGUUUAACACAAUACUAAACUGCUAAACAACUAGAUGUAAUCAGGUUAUCAAAGGCAAGUAGAGUAAUAAAUCUCUUCUGCAUGGUAAAUCUAGACUUUUUUUCCCCCUUGAUUGUCCUCGUGAUAGGUAUGUCACCAAUACAUGAUUUAAACUGAGCACUGAUGCUGGACUUGAGUUUUACCCCUCCCUCUUUUUGGCAAGGCUUUGUCUCAUUGUACGGUUUAAUUUCAUGAUAUCUUAAGCCUUUCUUCCCAUUUUUAACUGUUCAGGUAUGUCUGUUAUAACCCAUAAGUUUAUUGCUGUGAAAUGACUUCUGAUGAUAGAGAAGGGGUCCUUUAAAGCCGUUUGUUUUUGUUGGAUAAAUUCCCUGUUGUGUGGGUGGCAUUUUUCUUGAGGCGGUUUGCUUCUGUCUUAGCCGUGCACAGGGAAAAUAUCCAUUUAUCUUUUCUCUUGUGCUUAAUUAAUAGCUUUAUCCUUCUUUUUUUUUACACCAUUUUAUCUUUUUCUCUUUAGCAGAAAGUAAAUAUGUAUAAAAUUUGAAGGAACCGAACUAACAAUACAUUCUGUGUAUAUUAUUUUAAUGAAGAAAAUAAAUUGAUUACUGGCAUUGGAACAGUAUAAAAUACCAGUUUGUACAGUAUGACCUAUAUGUGACUAUGUUACUCCCUUCCAUUUCACAUAAGGAAAUAGACACAACUGCAGUUCACAGGAUGUACUGGCUCCACCCUUUGGUGCUGGCAGUGUUUGGGGACAUUAUGCUGGAAGGAGCUCCUGGCGUGAGAGGAUUAACACUAGUAGAUUCUGUUCCAUCUUUGCACUGUGGCUUACCUGCUGAUUUUCUUAACUGUUCUUGUGCAAUCAAUAAUGUGCUAACCUGCUUUUCUCUUUUUGUAACGUUUUGCAUUACAGGCUGCAUUUCUUGCCUUACUAUAUAGAAAAAGAAAAAAGGCUGGGUUUAUUAUUGCACAUUUUAAGCUUUUAUACCUAUAUCUUCUUGGAAUGGUGAGAUUCUAAACCAGACAGCCAGAACUGCAGGUCUGCUGUUAAGGGAUUUUAAAUUGUGCAUUUUUAACACUACAGUGAAAUAAUCUAAGAUAUCCCCUGUGUUCUUAGUAUGAGGGGCUAUUUUAUGUCAUGUUGGCAUAAAUUGUUUUGUAAAGGGGAAAGUGUUUCUAACGGUGUUCCAAUAUUUGUGCUGAUACAAAGUAAGUUAUUGCUUUGCACUAGGUGGUUUGGCCACUGACAGAAUACUGUAUUGCAAGGGAAAUAAUCUUUUAUUUCUUUAGAAAGCAAACUUACAUUUUACCAAGUUCUUUACUUCUGUUGAUUGAUUUCUAAUUGAGUUUAUGGUUCAGGCUGGGAACUGAGAAGUUAUUUGAAGUAGGAUAGGCAAACCUCAGUAUAUUAUAUACAAGGCACUCUCAGCUCAACUGUUGUGUUUAAAAUACACAUUUUAAAUCCCUAUUUACAGACACUAACGUAAAAAAUACAGCUUUCUGGGUUGUAAACAUGUGGUAGUACCAGAGUAUUGUAUAGUCAGUGUUAAAUAAAAGCCAAAACUGGAAUGUGCAGAAAAUAGGAUUUGGUUAAUUUGUGGACUCACCUUUCUGUCUUUGUUUAACUUUUUAAAAAGAUACCUGGAGUAGAUCAGUGUAUUCUGUUAAAGACUUAACAGUGAUCCAUUUUGCUUACACUGUUGCAUCACAAGGGACUUGCCCAGGGACCAUGACCUGCUGGUGUGUGUAUAUAUUUACAAAAACAAAACAAACAAACCACCCAUUGGGAUAUAAGGUAGCAAUCACAAACGAAAGACUGCGGCUUGUUUAGGUGCAGUACCCUGAUUUCCCAAAGUUAGUUACAGUGGGUCUUAAUUGUUUUUGUGACAGGAGUUAUUCAGACUGCUGUACUCUUCAUUUGAUGUAACAAAAUGCUAUUAAUCUAAAUAUUUGUAAAUAAAGUACCUGUAUCUAGAUUAAAUUAAAA